UAAAACACUUCCAGACGCGUUUUUAAGAAGCGUGACACCGGAAUACCUGUCUGGUGACAGAGCGAGGACACUGCGGGAGUGUCCAAUUAUACCAGCAGUCCUGUUACUACGCGAUCUUCUCUAUCUGAUUGGCUUUCGGGACCUGCCAAUAAUAGUUCUCAACCUGUGAUAGGUCGAUUUGACUGUCACUCUUAGACGUAACGGGUGUUCCACCCCUUCUGUCUUUUUGGUUGCGUAGCAGCGGGGCGCGGAGGCCGGAUUUUGGAGGGGUGUUUGGCGAGGAGAAUCCCGAGAAGGGAAGCUUUUACGUUUUAAAUUAAAGGAAUAAGACCUGAAGAAGACGUGAAAAAGAGUGGAAGAGUGCUUUUGUAAUAUUGUUGAUGAGGCCUUUAAAACCUUCCGAAGCUGAGGGCAAGUGAUCUAAAAAAACAGACAUCAGUUGUCGGGGUGAAGACCAGCAGCAGAGGAACAGCCCAUGUGACUGGUGGGGGGAUACCUAGCACAUAGAAGAUGACCACCACUUCUGCGUGAGGUUUGAUGGUUUCUGUAAUGCGCCAUGGGCUAUGACGUCACCAGGUUCCAAGGGGAAGUGGACGAGGAUCUCUUGUGUCCCAUUUGCAGCGGUGUCUUAGAAGAGCCUGUGCAGGCGCCUCACUGUGAACAUGCCUUCUGCAAUGCCUGCAUCACCCAGUGGUUCUCCCAACAGCAGAUCUGCCCAGUGGACCGGACAGUGGUUACGCUGGCUCACUUGCGCCCUGUACCACGCAUCAUGCGCAACAUGCUCUCUAAGCUACAAAUAACCUGCGACAACGCUGUGUUUGGCUGCAAGGCUGUGCUCCGCCUGGACCAGCUGCAGUCCCACCUUAAAGACUGUGAGCACAACCCCAAGAGGCCGGUCAUGUGCGAAGAAGGCUGUGGGCUGGAAAUGCCCAAAGACGAACUCCCAAACCACAAUUGUAUCAAGCACCUGCGCAGCGUGGUGCAGCAGCAGCAGACCAAGAUUGCGGAGCUGGAGAAAACCGCCGCAGAGCACAAGCACCAGCUCGCGGAACAGAAACGAGAUAUUCAGCUGUUGAAAGCGUACAUGAGGGCCAUUCGCAGCGCCAACCCAAACCUCCAGAACCUGGAGGAGACAAUCGAGUACAACGAGAUCCUUGAGUGGGUGAACUCCCUGCAGCCGGCGCGGGUGACGCGCUGGGGGGGCAUGAUCUCCACGCCGGACGCCGUGCUGCAGGCCGUCAUCAAGCGCUCCCUGAUCGACAGCGGUUGCCCCCUGUCCAUCGUGAACGACCUCAUCGAGAACGCCCACGAGCGCAACUGGCCGCAGGGGCUGGCCACGCUGGAGACGCGGCAGAUGAACCGCCGCUACUACGAGAACUAUGUGGCGAAGCGCAUCCCCGGCAAGCAGGCCGUGGUGGUGAUGGCGUGCGAGAACCAGCACAUGGGGGAGGACAUGAUUCUCGAUCCGGGACUGGUCAUGAUUUUUGCCCACGGGGUGGAGGAAAUACUAUAAUCAGGGAAGGAAAGAGGGCUGGGGUGGAGAGAAGAUGGAACUGUUUCAGUGCAUUAUCUCCUCUGUUGGCCAUGGAUAACUUCACCCCCCUGGAAACCCCUGCUCUUGCUUCUCUGUUAAGUACCCAUCGUGAAGGACUGCUCUCAACGCCAGACCUCAUAGCGUUCUUCCUAACAUGCAGGGGAGGCUAAUCACAAACCUGCAGCUUUCAGCCUUUAAACAUGAAAGUAAUGGAUGGGCUAAAAAUGCAACGGGAAGAAAACUAUCAUUAUCCAGAAGAUUUUAUUAAUAAAAAGUAUAUGACUGA